UGCCGUAGCGCGGGUUGUGUCAAUUUGAAAUUCGCAUUCGUUGGCCGCAGAUCGUUCGGUUCGGUUCGGUUCGGUUGUUGUUGGGGGCAUUUUUUGUUGUUAUUUAGUGGCCGUCGGAUCUUCGAAGUAAAAUUCAUGUUAAUGAAUGUUAAUUUAUACAUUUUGUAAGAAUCGAAAAUCUGUUUAUAUUCAACAACAACAACAACGGCAACAACAAUUAUUAUUGAAAGAGCGCGCGCGCGAAAUUGUUAUUUGAUUUUUGAAACGAGAUUCGAGAUUUAUUGUGUUUUUGUCAUAUAGUCGUGCAUGGAACGUCGCGUAGAUCGCAUCGAUAGGGUGUAGACAAUAGCGCGAUUGACAUGGAUCCCGAUUUUGUGAACAAAUACAAUCAAGUGCUGAAUCGCCUAAAGCUCGUCGAGAACUUCGAUGGCACCGAUCCCGGCAAGCUGCCGCAGUUUCUACACAAAAUCGACGCCCUUAUGCCCGCGAUCAACACAUUCGAUGACUAUUACAAAGCGCAGCUGAUUGGACACAUUAAGAACAAGUGCACGGAUCGGGCCAGAGAUGCGGUCUUCACGCGACAGCUGAGCGCUCCGGCGGGCACGGGCAAUGGCCAUGGCCAGGUGGGCAAUGGCGGGGCUCUGCUGAAGGCGGAGUCCUGGCACAAGCUCAAGGAUCAGCUGCUGCACAGCUUUGCGGAGCGCGAGUCCAGCUAUGCGCUGAUCCAUAAGAUUCGCAGCGCUGUGCUCGACUCCAACAUCGAGCUGUACUAUCAGAAGAUGUCCAAGCUGAAGCAGCGGCUGCUCAAUCGCAAGUUGACCCACAAUGAUACCCUGUACUCGCUGGAGGAUAUUGAGCGUAUAACGCUGCAGGUAUUUCGGGAUCAUCUGCCGGAGCCGACGCACUCAAUGAUCCUGCGACGCAAUCCCAAGAGCAUGGAGGAGGCCUAUCGCUAUAUUGUCGAGGUGCAGCAACAGUUCUACACGCAGAGCGGACCACUUGGCGGGGAGCAGGGCGCCACGUUCAGCACCAGCCACAAGCAGACCUUUGGCGUGGGCAUGGGCGGCGUCGGAACGGGCACUGUCGGCUCCAGCAUGGGCGUGGGCAUGGGCCUGGGCAUUGCAUCCGUGGGCCUGGCCAGCACGGGCUUCUCGUACGGCCGCCAAAUGUCCGAAAAGGGCACCGCCGGCUCCACGCAGGGCUAUCAGCAGAGCAACCGGAGCUACUACAACCAAUCGGCGCCCCUGGUGGGCGCUGGCAAAACGAAUCCCAUGUUCAAAAGCAACGGCAAUCCCUCCUUCAAGUCCAGCUUCAGCUACAGCGGCAGCAGCAGCAGCGGGAGCGGGAGCGGAAUGGGGAUCGGCAGCAAGCUGGACAAGAACAAGUCGAAGGAUGCGCUCAAGGGUUAUCAACAGGGGCAGGGCAAGAAUGUGAAGGCGAACAGCGGCAGCGGCAGCGGCUGGCGAAAAUAGGUAAAUGCACUGUGCUCCAAAGAUUGGGUUUAGUCAUGGGCCAAUGAGCUAACCCAAUGCCAUGACCUAAUCUCUUUCUGUAAAUGCUGUGACUAAGCCCUGGCAGCGAUUGCGAUCGCGAUUGCAUGCCUCAUGCUAAUUACCCCAAUCUAAUAGUCAGGUGGAUGGAUGGAUGGAUGCUGUGCUGCCCGAUGCCGUUGAUGAUUCUGUUUGUUGUUGUUCAUGAUGAUGAUUGCAGCUCUGACACUAAAAACCCAACCAUGUUAAUUAUUAGAUCAUAAGUCUCAAAUGUACAUAUAUACGUAGCCCACCUCCUCCCCUCCCUCUCCGCCACCCACAAACCCCCCGC